AUGAAGACGGUGGUAGACACUACGGGGGCUCAACAAGCCCUCAACAGUGCUACUGAUAUCGAUACCACCACCCAACCACCGACAAUCGCCACUCCUCAAGGGAGAGUGCUUCUCGAUAUCCAGGGGGUUCUCAAUGGUCCCCUGGCACCACCCCCACCGUCAGACCCAGCAGCGCAGAAUUUCAUCACCAUCGACGAUAUCCACACCGCAGUCAAGUUCGGUCGUGUCGAGUUCAAUGGCAACCGGGUGACGAUGUAUGUUGGCCAGCUGCAGCGGCUAGAAGGGCAGAUCGUGCCGCUUAAAGUACCGCUAGGAGUGCUACGCGUCGACGACUCGAUAUCGAUGGUUGAUGUGGUGAAACACAAGCUCACGUUCACCGACCGGCCCCUCCCCAUCAUGUAA